AUGACCGUCAUACCAAAAGGUGCUUUAGUGAUCUUUGAUGGUCUGAACAAGGAACUCUGUGUGGGGAUCCAUCUUGUUGUUAUUCACAUUAUUCACCUUGGUCGGAAAUCUGGGUGGUUGGUUCACCUUGGUCGGAAAUCUGGGUGGUUGUUUUGCGCUUUCUAUUUUAAGCAAGCAGCUUCAUCCUUGAUGAUGGCCUAUGGUGGAGAUGAAUUCGUUCAUCCUGACAAUGCGGUAUCAGUUUCCCUCACUCGGUCCGGUUACCCUCGAAUCAUUUUGUCUCAUCAUAGGCGUAUGAUUCUGAAGAAGAAUGAAAAAGCUGACAUGCUGCACAUAUUGAUCUUCUCUAGAGCUUCAAUGGAGGCUGCUGUGAGAACUACAAUGGAGGAUGACAUGAGAACUUUGCUUGUGAUCACGGGUUAUAAAAAUAGGGUUGAAUCCCUGUCUCAUUGGUUGUGUUUCUCCUCUGCGAAUCUCCCUUCGAAAGACUCAACAAGUGGUAUCCGAAUGUUGAUCGACAGUGGGUGUUUAAGAGUGGUGCUUGUGUGUUAUGCGUGGUAUCCGAAUGUUGAUCGGCAGAGUGGUGCUUGCGUCGAAAGUAUUCUCGAUAAGGGUGUUAUGCGCAGGAAACUCAAGGCCAAGUCUGAAAACAAGAUGUGUUUUGAUUGCAAUGCGAAGAACCCUACCUGGGCGUCCGUCACAUAUGGGAUCUUCCUCUGCAUCGAUUGCUCCGCCGUUCAUCGUAGUCUCGGCGUGCACAUCAGCUUCGUGAGGUCUACAAAUUUAGACUCAUGGAGUCCCGAGCAACUAAAAACGAUGAGCUUUGGAGGUAACAAUCGAGCACAAGUUUUCUUUAAGCAACAUGGUUGGAGUGAUGGUGGCAAAAUAGAGGCUAAGUACACAUCCAGAGCUGCAGAUUUGUAUAGGCAAAUUCUUUCAAAGGAGGUGGCUAAAAGUAUGGCUGAAGAUGGAGGCUUGCCUUCAUCACCUGUCGCUUCUCAUGCUCCUCAUGGUGUUAAUGGGCUUCCUGAAGUCAGGACCAAUGAAGUGCCAAAAGAAAACACUCUGGAGAAGCCUGAAAAGCCUGAGAGCACUUCUUCACCCAGGGCUUCACACACAGUAAUUUCAAGUACUGUCAAGAAACCUAUUGGUGCUAAAAAGGUUGGGAAGAGUGGGGGGCUUGGUGCUCGUAAACUCACUAAAAAGCCAAGUGAGUCUCUCUAUGAGCAGAAGCCGGAGGAACCCCCUGCUCCUGUUACAUCCUCAACAAACAAUAUGCCUACUGGACCAUCUUUGACAUCUCGGUUUGAGUAUGUAGAAAAUGUCCAAUCAUCUGAGUUGAACACUGGAGCUUCACAUGUGAUGAGUCAUGUGUCUCCACCAAAGUCUUCAAGCUUCUUUGCAGACUUUGGAAUGGAUGGUGGCUUUCCGAAGAAAUCUGGUCCUAGCUCCUCCAAAGUGCAAAUUGAGGAAUCUGACGAGGCAAGAAGGAAGUUCUCAAAUGCUAAAUCUAUUUCAUCAUCCCAAUUUUUUGGAGAUCAGAGCAAAGCUUCGGAUUUGGAUUCUCAAGCUACUUUGUCCAAGUUUUCGGGUUCAACUGCCAUCUCCAGUGCUGAUCUUUUUGGUGACUCAAGAGACAACGCCGUUGAUAUUAGUGCCAGUGACCUCCUCAAUCGAUUAUCUUUCCAGGCACAGCAGGACCUCUCUUCCCUUAAGAACAUUGCAGGAGAGACUGGAAAGAAGCUCACCUCAUUGGCCUCCACAUUGAUGACAGAUCUUCAGGACAGAAUUCUCUAA